AUGUCGCUCGUGGGGACUAUUAACCCUAACGUGCCGGACUCUGAUCAAGCAGCCGCUAAUGCCGAGGCCCGUCGUCAUGAACCUGCCAACAGCAUCAGUACCGACAGCACAGCUUUGGAUGCUACAGAGAAGGCCCAAGAAGUAGACGAUGAAGAUGCCAUGGAGGCAGAGGUCACUCGACUUGCGAGGAAAUUGACUCGUGAAUCAACUCACUACUCUCACACUGGCGCAGAGAACACCUUCCUCGAUGUACAGGAUGAUUCAACUCUCAACCCUCACAGCCCUAACUUCAAGGCUCGUAAUUGGAUGAAGAAUUUGCUAUCAAUCACAUCGCGCGACCCUGAACGAUAUCCCGCCCGCCAAGCUGGGGUUUCCUUCCAAAAUUUGAGCGUCCACGGAUAUGGUAGUCCCACCGAUUAUCAAAAGGAUGUGUUCAACUCUGUUCUCCAGGUUGGAGCUCUCGUACGCAUGGUUACCGGUACUGGCAAGCAAAAGAUUCAGAUUUUGAAUGAUUUUGAAGGCCUGGUGAAAAGUGGGGAGAUGCUCGUUGUCCUCGGCCGUCCCGGAAGUGGUUGUUCAACUUUUUUGAAGACUCUCGCCGGGGAGAUGAAUGGUAUUCAUAAGGAUGAAAACUCUAAGAUGAACUAUCAGGGUAUCUCCGACAAACAGAUGAAGAACCAAUUCCGUGGUGAAGCCAUCUAUACAGCCGAGACCGACGUUCACUUCCCCCAGCUUACCGUGGGUGACACUCUGAAAUUUGCAGCUCUAGCCCGUGCUCCUCGCAACCGUCUACCAGAUGUGACUCGCGACCAGUAUGCUGAGCAUAUGCGCGACGUCGUCAUGGCUAUGUUGGGUCUUAGUCACACUAUCAACACUCGCGUUGGUAACGAUUUUGUCCGUGGUGUUUCCGGUGGUGAGCGCAAGCGUGUCAGUAUUGCGGAGGCAACCCUCUGUGGUAGCCCUAUUCAAUGCUGGGAUAACAGUACCCGUGGUCUGGACAGCGCCAACGCUCUUGAGUUCUGCAAAACCCUGAACUUGAUGUCCAAGUACACUAGCACCACCUGCGCAGUCGCCAUCUACCAGGCCUCCCAGAGUGCCUAUGAUGUGUUCGACAAGGUUACUGUCUUGUACGAGGGCCGACAGAUUUACUUCGGUCGCACUGAUGAGGCAAAGGCCUUCUUCACCACCAUGGGCUUUGAAUGCCCCGAGCGCCAGACUACUGCCGAUUUCCUGACUUCCCUUACCAGCCCUGCGGAGCGUAUUGUGAAGCCCGGAUUUGAGACCGUUGUUCCCCGCACCCCCGAUGAGUUCGCCGCCGCUUGGAAAAACAGCAAGGAACACCGUCAGUUGACUCAGGAGAUCGAGGAAUGGAAUAAGGCUUAUCCCCUUGGUGGAGAGUCUCUGCAGCAAUUCAUCAACUCUCGCCGUGCCAUGCAGGACAAGAGACAACGCACCAAGUCGCCCUACACCCUAUCCGUUGCGCAGCAGGUCAAUAUCUGUGUCACUCGUGGCUUCCAACGCCUUAAGGGUGACGCUAGUUUAACCCUUAGUCAACUGAUUGGUAACUUUAUCAUGGCGUUGAUUAUCGGUUCUGUUUUCUACAACCUACAGAUGACCACUGCUAGCUUCUAUUCUCGUGGAGCUCUUCUCUUCUUUGCUGUCCUGCUCAACGCCUUCUCCAGUGCUCUAGAAAUUUUGACCCUCUACGCCCAACGUCCAAUUGUCGAGAAACAGUCCCGCUAUGCCAUGUAUCACCCCUUCGCUGAAGCUAUCGCUUCGAUGUUGUGUGACAUGCCGUAUAAAGGUCUCAACGCCAUCACUUUUAACGUGACACUUUACUUCAUGACGAAUUUGCGCCGCGAACCGGGUGCUUUCUUCACUUUCCUCUUGUUCUCCUUCAUUACCACGUUGACCAUGUCCAUGCUUUUCCGUACUAUUGCCGCCUCCUCCCGCACUCUUUCUCAGGCUUUGGUGCCGGCUGCUAUUUUGAUUCUAGGUUUGAUUAUAUUCACUGGUUUCACUAUCCCUACUCGGAAUAUGCUUGGCUGGUCCCGAUGGAUGAACUACAUCGACCCAAUCGCCUACGGGUUUGAGUCACUGAUGGUUAACGAGUUCCACGGCCAAAACUAUCUGUGCCUGGCAUCCUCUUUCAUCCCCUCUGGUAGCGCCUACGAAAACUACGGCCUUGAAAACAAGAUUUGCAGCACUACUGGUGCAACCCCCGGCUCUCAGUACGUUGAUGGCACCGCAUAUCUUGCCCAAAGCUUCCAGUACUAUGACGCCCACAAGUGGAGAAACUUGGGUAUCAUGUUCGCCUUUAUGAUUUUCUUGAUGUUCACCUAUCUCACUGCCACCGAAUACAUCUCCGAGUCCAAGUCCAAGGGUGAGGUUCUGCUAUUCCGCCGCGGAUACGCUCCCAAGCACAGCUCGUCAGAUGACGAGGAACAGAGCGGCACUGUCAGCCCUGGCGAGAAGACUGAUGAGUUGAGCGGCCAGGAGGUCAAUGCUGCUAUCCAACGCCAGACUGCUAUCUUCCACUGGCAGAGUGUCUGCUACGAUGUCAAGAUUAAGAGCGAGGAGCGCCGUAUCCUGGACCACGUUGAUGGCUGGGUUAAGCCUGGUACCUGUACUGCCCUGAUGGGUGUCUCCGGUGCUGGUAAGACUACUCUGCUUGACGUGCUUGCUACUCGUGUGACUAUGGGUGUCGUUGGCGGUGAGAUGCUGGUUGAUGGCCGCCAGCGUGACCAGUCCUUCCAGCGUAAGACUGGUUACGUCCAACAGCAAGAUCUGCACUUGUACACCAGCACUGUUCGCGAGGCUCUUCGUUUCAGUGCUAUUCUUCGUCAGCCCGCCGAUGUCCCUCGCCAAGAGAAGCUGGAAUAUGUUGAGGAGGUUAUCAAGCUCCUCGGAAUGGAAUCCUAUGCUGAUGCCAUUGUCGGUGUCCCUGGUGAAGGUCUCAACGUCGAACAGCGGAAGCGUCUCACUAUCGGUGUCGAGCUUGCCGCCAAGCCCCAGCUACUUCUUUUCUUGGAUGAGCCCACCUCUGGUCUUGACAGUCAAACUUCAUGGUCUAUCCUCGAUCUCAUCGAUACCCUGACCAAGCACGGCCAGGCUAUUCUCUGCACUAUCCACCAGCCCUCUGCCAUGUUGUUCCAGCGUUUCGACCGCUUGCUUUUCCUUGCUAGGGGUGGCCGAACUGUCUACUUUGGUGAAAUUGGCGAAAAGUCCUCCACGCUUGCCAGCUACUUCGAGCGCAACGGUGCUCCCAAACUUCCCGUCGAGGCUAACCCUGCUGAAUGGAUGCUUGAAAUCAUUGGUGCCGCCCCUGGAUCUCACUCUGAUAUCGACUGGCCGGCUGUCUGGCGUGAUAGCCCCGAACACCAGGGAGUGCUCGAUCACCUUGCCGAACUGAAAGCGACCCUCUCUCAAAAGCCUGUUGAUGAGUCCGCGCAUUCACCCAACGACUUCAAGGAGUUCUCCGCUCCAUUCCAUAUUCAGCUCUAUGAGUGCUUGAAACGUGUGUUCAGUCAAUACUGGCGCACACCAAUCUACAUUUACUCCAAGUGUGCUCUCUGUAUCCUGACCUCCCUCUACAUUGGUUUCGCUUUCUUUCACGCCAAGAACAGUCUUCAGGGACUUCAGAAUCAGAUGUUUAGUAUCUUCAUGUUGAUGACCAUCUUCGGUAACUUGGUCCAACAAAUCAUGCCUCACUUCUGCACCCAGCGCUCCCUCUACGAAGUCCGCGAACGCCCCUCAAAGACAUACUCCUGGAAGGCUUUCAUGGCCUCCAACAUCCUAGUCGAACUACCCUGGAACACCCUCGCUGCCUUCCUCAUCUUCGUUUGCUGGUACUACCCAAUCGGUCUAUACCGCAACGCCGAACCAACAGACGCAGUCCACGAGCGCGGUGCCCUGAUGUUCCUACUCAUCUGGACCUUCCUCCUCUUCACCUCCACCUUCGCCCACAUGAUCAUUGCCGGAAUCGAACUCGCAGAAACAGGUGGUAACCUAGCCAACUUGCUCUUCUCCCUCUGCCUUAUCUUCUGCGGUGUACUCGCCACUCCGGAUAAUAUGCCUGGUUUCUGGAUCUUCAUGUAUCGCGUCUCGCCAUUCACAUAUCUGGUCUCGGCCAUGCUUUCAACCGGUGUCUCUGGCGCCGAGAUCACCUGCGAAGCCGUCGAGUACCUCAAGUUCAGUCCCCCGGACAACAUGACUUGCGGCUCUUACAUGGAAACUUAUAUCUCCGCUGCGAGUGGUUACCUCGAGAACCCGGAUGCCACCACAGACUGCUCCUUCUGCUCCAUGAGCUCAACAGACACUUACCUCGCCACAGUCGGCAGCUACUUCUCCGACGCGUGGCGCAACUUCGGCUUCAUGUGGAUUUACAUUGCCUUCAACAUCUUCGCUGCUGUUGGUAUCUACUGGCUGGCUCGUGUGCCCAAGGGAAGUCUCAACAAGGAUGAUAAAAAGGGCAAGAAGGCUGAUGCCAAAAAAUAA